UUCGUUUCGCAAGUAGGCACGAAUGCAGGAGGAAAUCCAGGAAAACACGCAGUUUUCAGCGAGUGAAACGAAAAUCCGUGGAAAUACCGAAGUAAUUGUUCAAAAUUAUCAUCGGAGUGUGUUCAACAGACACUUUGUAGUUAAUUUGUGCUUGAAAGUGAUAAAAGUGGGGAAUAGUGAUACUCAUCCAUUAGAUCAUAAUUAGUGCUUCCAAAGUGUUUCGGUUUUCUUCGCAGUGCUUACAGGAUCUUCGGGGGAGAGAAAAAGAAGACCAAGAAGGUCGACUGAAAACAUCUUGAGGGGUGAAUAGAAUUUGUCAUGAUGGAAUCAGUGGGCAACGGCGAGAGUAAACUCUCGCCCUCGGCCGCUGGCAAAAAAUUGAAACAAACAAGACUUCCGUUUCAACUUCUCACCGGUUCUCCGACGGCAAUUCCGGCGACACCACCCGGUAGUGGUGAGUCUCGGAAGCGGAAAAUAUCGUCAGAAUCCGCCGUCGGUUCACUCCGUGCGUCCAAGGUUGGCCGCACUACGGAGGCUAAGGAGAAUGUGAAGGAUGCGAUGGUGCCGCCACUCACGGUGGAGCUGGACUUGGACGAGCAAAGCAACGGCUCGGAUGUGGUGAAUGUGCCCCAGGAAGACCAGAAGCUGUUGGUUGCGAAAGUCCCAGAAUCGCCAAGGACACCAACCAAACGGGAAGCUGCUGGAAGCAGCGGUUUGUCCGGUAAAAAAAGUGCGGGCAAGGAAAAAGGUGACAGGUUUGUGAUUAAGUUGCCAACUGGGGGGAAGAAAAAGGCCAAAAAGGAGGAAGAAGGUGACUCGAAAAAAGUGGUGAAGGAGAAAAAGAAGAAACACAACAGAGAUAGCAAGGCGGACAAGGAAGAGUAUGGUGUAAAGACUGAUACUGUGGAAGAGCCUGUUGUGAUUGAUGACAGCGAUGAUUCUGAGGAUAACCCAAAAUGUGAUAAGACUGAAGAAACCUCGAAAACCAACGAUGAACAAAAAAGUGAUAACGCAGUUGUGACACAAAUAGGAGCUACCGAAGAAAACGAGGAAAAAUCUCCUGAACCGAAGAAUGAAUCAUGCUCUGAUGAAGACACGAAAGCUUCGCAAGCAAACAAUCAGGAGGAACCGGAAAAAAGCUCAAAAACCGUCGAUCCUGGAAACAAAGAGGUCGAGAAAAAGAACGAUCAGGAGAACGCAAACGUCACUCCUAGACGUGGUCGUUCAUCUCGAAUAACCGCUCAAAACGUGACUCCAAAACAGGAAACAUCCGCGAAGAAGAUUCUCCCGGCAUCACAAAAGAAAUCCAAGAAGGCCAGCGAAAAAACAAUAGCUCCGAAGGCAAACGACGAACCGAACCCGGAACCAGAGGAAGGAAAACAUUUGCAAGCGGAAGAAAACCAGGAUGAAGAAGACGUUCCAGCGAAGCAGGAUGCGAAGAAGUUAUCGAAAGGUGCUCUGGACAAAUUUUUCGCCAAGGUAGACGGUGAAAAGAAGGAAAAUCAAAUCCCCGAAGUAAACGCUGAGGUUGUGGUCGUUGACGACGAGCCUCAGGGAGACAUCCAGGAAGUUCCGAAGACGCCGGUGAAAGGGAUCAACACUUCAAUCGCCAUCAUUUGUCAGGAUGAUUCUACCGGUGGUAACGGGAUUGAUGAUGAGGAGAACGCCUAUAUGCUGUGCACUCCGAACACCAAGGAGCGAUCGCUUGUGGUGGAUAAGAAGCUCACCCCUAAGCAGCUUGCCCGACAGAAGGAGGCCGAUCGGAAACAAGCCCUCAAGCAGCAGGAAUUGGAGGAGAAGAAACGUAAAAAACAAGAGGAGAAGGAGGCAAAACAACGCGAGAAAGAUGAACAAGAGCUGUUGAAAAAGAAGGAAAGGGAAGAGAAGGAAGAGCAGAAGCGAAAAGAGAGAGAAGAGAAAGAAGAACAGAAACGCAAGGAGAGAGAAGAGAAGGAAGAACAGAAGCGAAAAGAGAAGGAGGAAAAGGAAAAGAAACGUCUGGCGGAGCUCGAGGCUAAGAACGAAGAGAAACGAAAGAAGGAAGAGCAGAAAGAGGAGGAACGCAAGAAGAAAGAGGAAGAGAAAGAGGCGGAGGAGAAACGCAAACAAAAAACAGCUCAAGCAUUCCAGAGCUUCUUCGUGAAGAAAGCCAACGGGAAGGAGGCAAAGCAUUCGGACGAUGAAAAUUCUAUGGAACAGCAGCAGUUUGGCGAAAGCGGUGAAACAACUAAACAGCAGAUGUUUAUGCCGUUUUGCGUUAAGGGCGACAUGCGAUUGGCACCAGUCUGUAGGGUUACUCUACCCGACGGUCGGAAGCAGCAUUUGGAUAAUAUACUGAAGAAAUCAAGCGAUGAGAACGGUAACCACACGGAAUCGGUAACCAAUCUCAACAAUCUUUAUCUGAAGCAGCUCAAAAAUAAGGAUUAUAUUGUCGGUAAGAGUGGACGAAUGUGGGCAGCUCAGGAUGAUGAGGGUGAUGAGGAUGAUGUGAUGGUUGUUGAUGAUAACCUAUGCCAUCAAAUCGAGGCCUCUUCAAGUAAACUGUACCGAGCCAAAUUCUUCCUUUUCGAAGAAAAUCGUCGUCCACCAUAUCGGGGAACGUGGCGGAAGCAAAGUGCCACUAUCAAAUCUCGUCGCCCGUUCGCCCAGGACACGAAAAUCUUCGACUACGAGGUGGACUCCGACGAUGAAUGGGAGGAAGAAGAACCGGGUGAGUCUCUUCACGGUAGCGAUGACGAGAAGGAUGUCGAUACGGAGGACGACUACGAGGUGGAUAACGAUUUCUUCGUACCCCACGGGCAUCUCAGUGACGAGGAACUCCAAGCGGAGGACGAUGUGUUGGAAGACAAUAGUCCGGAGGCGCAGAAGGCCAAACUCAAAAUCAUGCAGCAAGAAUUUGCCGCCGAAAUGAAGAAGAAAACUCAAAAGAUCAAACCUCGGUUACUUGGGUGUCUGUGGGAGAACACAACUGACGACGGUGAACAACGGUCCGAGUGUUCUCCUGUUAUAUGGGAGAUUCUGAAGGCUCGUGCAAUGCUGUUCGAUCCGGAGGAGCCGAUCUCGCUAACGGUGCAGCAAAACGAUCCGGAAUCGAAUCAGACGACGCCUUCGAAGGAGAAGGAACCUGUCGAGAGGAAGCUGAAGCAGAUCAAACUGGUGGACGAAGGAGUUAAAGAACUGAUUACUCUUAUCCACGGAUGUGCUCACAACAGAAAGUUUUUGAUCAAAGAAUUUCUCGCUUAUUGGGCCAAGCGAAGAGAUGAGGGAGAACUAUAUGCGCCGCAGUUUGCCCCCGACAGUAUACGAACAAAAAUUUUGGAAAUCUCCAGCUGGAGGCCCUGUCCGGAUGAAGGUGUAAUGCAGAAUAAGAUGUGCUGGUACGUUAAUAAAGAUACGCUGAAGAAGUACGACCUAAUCGAUCUCAAGGUGCCAACGGAGUGGAAGUUUAUACUGAAACCGAUCAUCAAGAGCAAAAAAGAAAGGAAGGACAAGGAGUUGGGCACCGAAGGCGCCGAUAAGGGCAAAAAGACGCCACCAGAGAAGAGGCCUCUCAAAGAUAAAGAAACUGAAAAAGAGAGUUCCCCACGAACCACAGGUUCUGCAUCGAAGCCCCCCAAAACUCCCGCCGCCAACAUCGCCAAGUUCACCAAGAAACUCUCUGAAGACGAUAAACGGAAACAGCUGACGGAUAACAAGAAGAACGGCGUACCGGCCAAAGCAUCUCCCUCCUCCAGCAGUAAGAAAUCUGCGAAAACUCCCAAGAGGAAAUCCACAGCCAGCGCUAGCAGAACUACUGUCGUGAGCAAUAGCAGUACAAGUUCCAUCACCACCAUCAAGCCAUCCGAGGAAAAACAACAACCGCCGCAGAAAAAGCGUGUCGCACUACUGAUGUCCGUUCCUCGGGGGCAGCAAAUAAACCAGACCCAUAAAAACAGCCUUAUCAGUAAAUUUCUAUCGAAACCAGCCGAUGAUGGCGACAAACAGAAACGGACCAAACCGGAGGCAAUGGAGGUUGAUCCUCCUAACGGCCGGGAGGAUGUUAUCGUGCUAGAUGAUUAACUUUUUUUUCUUUGUUUUGAGAAGCAGGAAUGUAUGUUCGUGUGUAUGUGUGUCGAUGCAAAUAAUGUAAUUUAUUAUUAUACACUGGAGGGAUUGUUUUUAAGGCUGGAAUCUAUUCUCUUCCAGCUGGCUGCCGAAAGAAAAGUAUAGAAUGGAUUUGGAUUUGUUUUUCAUAUCUUAGUUAAUAAUUUUUACCAACUAUAAAGAUGAAAACAUGUUUCUGGUUACGAUUAUGCAAUUUUUUUCUUAACCGUUUACAGUCAUUGAACUUCUAUUUCUUUUCUAAUGCAUACAUAAAUAAUUCAGCUUUUAAAGAUUUGGAAGAAGUACACAGUGUUAGAGGUCUGACGACAAAAUAAUCAAGCAGAAACAGAACUGUGAAGAAAUAUAAAUAUUUUUAAAUAUA